ACAAGGGGUGUUUACCGUUGCCCCCGCCAACCUCUACAUUAAACAGCCUCUAGUUUUCUAAUCUCACUCUCUUACUCUCUUUGAUCUUCACAUAUAUAUAUACACACACACCCUAAACAAAUAUUUAUCAUACAAACAACUCUGAAACACCAUCAAUCUUCCCCUUUUCUAAUUUCAAAUUCUAAUAAGCCAAUUCAUUCCUAUUCCUAUUCAAUUCAUUGAAAAAAGAAAAAAAAAAAUGAGCGGAGCAAGAAAAGCUUGGAUCGUAGCGGCGAGCAUUGGAGCAGUAGAGGCGCUGAAAGAUCAAGGGGUCUGUAGAUGGAACUAUGUUUUCAGAUCUCUACAGCGACACGCCAAGACCAAUCUCGGAUCGUAUUACCAAGCUCAGAGGCUCUCCUCUUCCUCCUCUUCGGCGAUCGCUACCAAGAUCAAAGCGGAGAGAGUGAAACGAACGGAGGAGAAGCUCAAGAAAGUCAUGGAUCUCGACUGUUGGGGUCCCAGUACCAUUAGGUUUUAGAAAAUAUUUUAUAUGUACUCUGCUAUUACUACUACUUAUUAUAUUAAUUACAUCUCUGGAUUAAUCUUGGUGGAGGGUUGGGCGUGGUAAUGUGAUGAUAUAUGUACUAAAAAAGAGGGAUUUUAAAUAUAUGUACUAAAUUUUCUUCUA